CCUUCUUGCUCCGGAGGCGUCAAUCUGAAUGGGGACUUUGAAAAGUCAGCUUUUUUUUCUGGACAACAACUCCCAUCACUCUUCAAGGCGGUGGUCCGAGUUUUGCGAACUGCAGUCCGAAAAAAUCCGUUUGUGGGGGGAGAAUAUACAGACCUCCAAAGCCUUCCUUUAAAAAAAAAAAAUACUACAACUCCCAGAGUCCCCAGCCAGCAGAGCCAGUGACAGGGCUGAUGGGAGUUGAAGUCCGAAGAGUAUUGCGCGUCCAACCCUUGGCGUGAACACGUCAAGAACUUAUGUAGACCUUUUCUUUUGGGACUACAACAUCUGUGGUCGUGCUGUCUGGGGAUUCUGGGAGUUGUAGUAGGGGAAAUUAAAAAAAAAAACAAUUUUUCUAAGCCUUUCCUGCCUGUGGGGCCGCGUGUUUGCCCUCUCCUGUCGUUGGGCGGCUUGGCCUGAAAGGAACGGCGUUACUUUCUUGAGCGGAGGAACGGAGCUGAGCUGGAGGGGGCCACCUCCUCCAGAGCAAAGGCAGGCUCCUCUGCAGACGUUUUUCCUCUUCUCUUCCUGGCAAAGCAAAGAAGUUACUUUCCCCUCCUUGGCAUUACCUCUCCCUCGUUAGAUCUGCAGAAAAAAUGUCAGAGGUAAGAAACGAAAGGGAAGGGCAUCAAGCACAGGAGGAAAAGGGUGAAUGUUCGGAUGCAGAAGAAAGUGUUGAGAAUCAAAAUGGAAUGAAGGAAUUGGGAGGAAAACAAGUAGAUGAGAAGACAGAUGGAUCCAUUGUUCAUCCAGAGGAAGUCCAAGUCCAUCAGAAAACAUCCAAGAGAGAGGGAAGCCAUGAGUGCCCCAAGAGUGGGGAAUCUUUUGCCAAGAAAUCGGCACUUUAUCGCCAUGCGAAAGUUCACAAAAGGGAGAAAUCAUUGACGUGCCUGGAGUGUGGAAAGAGUUUUGGUCGGUCUGCAGAUCUUGCUGAACAUCUUAGUACCCACACAGGUGAGAAACCGUUUGAAUGCCUGGAAUGUGGGAAAACCUUUGGACUGAGAGGAAAUCUUAUUACCCAUGAAAGAAUUCACUCAGGGGAGAAGCCGUUUGAAUGUCUGGAGUGCGGAAAAAGCUUCUGUCAAUCUACAAACCUUGCUACUCAUCAUAGGACCCACACUGGCGAGAAACCAUUUGAAUGCAUGGAGUGUGGGAGAACUUUUGGACUGAGAGCACAUCUUAUAAACCAUGAAAGAAUUCACUCAGGGGAGAAACCUUUUACAUGCCUGGAGUGUGGAAAGAGUUUCAGUCAAUCUGGAAGCUUUGCUCGACAUCACAGGACCCACACAGGCGAGAAGCCAUUUGAGUGCCUCGAAUGCGGGAAAAGCUUCCGCCUGAGAGAAAUUCUUACUACCCAUGAGAGAAUUCACUCAGGGGAGAAGCCAUUUAAAUGUCAGGAGUGUGGAAAGAGUUUCAGUCAACGUGCGAGCCUUGCUAAACAUCAUAGGACCCACACAGGUGAAAAGCCAUUUGAGUGUCUUGAAUGUGGAAAAAGCUUCAGCCAACGCUCACACCUUUGUUACCAUAAAAGGACUCAUGAAGGAGAGAAGGCUUUUAAGUGCAUGGAGUGUGGAAAGAGCUUCUGUUCAGGUGGCAGACUUAGUAGACAUCACAGGAUCCACACCAAGUAGAGACCAUUUCAAUGUCAUGGACUCAUCCUCAGAAUAAUAAAUAGAAAGGACCCUAAUAUGGUGAAAGGCGAAGGAACAGAAAUCGCGGACCCUUGGGCCCUGAGCGGAAGGGUCCUGUGGAGGAAGAAGGGCGCCAUGUCGGCCGAGGCCUUGGGCCUCCGCGACGCCCUGAGGGUGAGGACGGCGCUGCGCCAGGCCCCGCACGGGGUGCCCGCGGAGCACCGGGCCGCCUUGCCGGAGACCCCGAAGGAGGUCCCGCGGGGUAUCUUCUGGGAUGAUCCCGCCUCGCAGGAGGCGGUGGGGACCCUCCCGGGCCAGCCGCCCCUGGAAGGAGACCCCCGUCCCAAGCAGAAGCGGGAGGGCCUGGAUGCAGCCCCGGGACCUCUACCCCCGAAACAGGCGGCCGAGGAGGAGGCUUGGAGGGAGGCUGCCCCACAGGAGGAGCGGGGUGCCCCGGGGCAGGAGGCAUCGGAGGCCUGGGGCAAUGGCCUUUGGGGUGCCAGGAGGAAGGGACGGGAUCCCCUGGAGGAGGAGGAGGAGCGCGAUCUGCCGAGGGAUCCGCGGGAAUUUCUGGGAGAGAUCCCAUUAGAGAAGCCGACGGGUUUUCCCCAAGAGAAUUGGGAUGGUCUGAAGCAGGUCACAGUGUCCUUUGAGGAGGUAGCUGUAUAUUUCACCAUGGAAGAAUGGGCUCUCCUGGAUCAAAGCAAGAGGGUGCUGUACAAGGAAGUCAUGCUGGAGAAUUAUCGGAAUGUUUCCUUAUUGGGAACUCCGAUUCCUCAGCCUCAACUCGUCUCUUGCCUGGAAGAAGAAGAAGAACUGUUUGUCUUGGAGCAAAAGGCAGUUGAAAGUGAGGUUAAAACAUCCCAUCAUAACCACUGGAAAACCAACACCAUGGAGAAAUGCUUUCAAUGUUCAGAGGGUGAAACCUGUUUUGAUGAGAACAUCACACUUGCUUGCCACCAGCAAAUACACACAGGAGAGAAACCGUAUAAAUGUCUCAAGUGCGGAAAGCGCUUCUGUGACCAUAAUCACCACACCACUUAUCAAAAAAUUCUACCAAGAGAGAAGCCCUAUAAAUGCUGGGAGUGUGGAAAGAUCUUUAAUAGGCAAGAACACUUGAUUGCCCAUCAGAGAAUUCACACAGGAGAGAAACCGUAUAAAUGCUUAGAGUGCGAAAAGAGUUUCAGUCAGAAGUCAGGUCUUACUGCCCAUCAGGGAACUCACACAGGAGAGAAACCCUUUGCCUGCCUCCAGUGUGGGAAAAACUUCAGCUUGAGGGCAAACCUGACCUUACACCAAAGAAUUCACACAGGCCAGAAACCCUAUAAAUGCCUGGACUGUGAGAAGAGUUUCCACAGACAUGAUCACCUCAUCUACCAUCAAAGAAUUCACACAGGGGAGAAACCAUAUCAAUGCCUGGAAUGCAGCAAGAGCUUCAGCAGGAAAGGACACCUUACUAAACACAGCCGGACCCACACAGGAGAGAAACCCUUUAAAUGCGUGGAGUGCGGCAAAAGCUUCAGCCAGAGGUCGAGCCUCACAGUACAUCAAGGCACUCACACGGGAGAGAAACCGUUUAAGUGCUUGGACUGUGACAUGAGCUUCAGGCAGAGGCAGGCCCUUAUUGCCCAUUACAGAAUUCAUACAGGUGAGAAACCCUAUACGUGCCUGGACUGUGGGAAAAUCUUCCGCUCGUACCAGCAGCGUUCUGUACACCGGAAACUUCACACAGGGGAGAAACCCUUUAAAUGCCUUGCAUGCAUGAAGAGCUUCUACAGAAGUAAUGACCUCAUAUCACAUUUUAGGAUCCACACAGGGGAAAAGCCGUUUAACAUUGUCUCUGUGAACUCUUUUAGAAGGGCGCCUGACACGUGUCCGGGAGGCGGCUCCCUGAGGCCCGUCCGGCUGCCCUGCGGCCACUGCUGCCUCCCGGGCUUGGCCCCGGCGGGUCCCGGGGCGCCCGAGGAGGAAGGGGCCGCCCGGGACUCGCCCCAUGAGGGAGCGGGCCAGGCCCCUUUGAGGGAGGAGGAGGAGGAGGAGGAGGCCCCAUGGCUGCAGGGGGGCGCCCCAAGGGUUGCCCGGCCUGGCACGGAGGAGGCGGGCCUCCCCUGGCAGCAGCCCUUUGGGGGUGCCUUGCCUGAGGAGGCCGCUGGGCCAGGCCAGGCCCUCCCUGGCAGAGCCCCUAAGGAGGAGCCGUUCGCAUUGGCAGAGGCGGUGGGCAGCUUGACGGCUGCCCCUUGGGGUUUCCUGUGGGACGCCCCGCCGCAGGACGAGAGGGGGGUCCCGACCGAGAAGACGGGAACCCCGGAGGAGAAGGUGGCUGCCCGGGGUCCCCGCACGCCGGACGUGGAUGCCCCUCAAAAUGUCUUGGUGGAAGAGCUGGGCACCCAUGGAAAGAAGGGCCCCGCUUUGGAGGGUCUCCCAGAGAAGAGGGGUGCCCCGGCAGAGGUCCCGCUGAUGAAGGAGAUGGUAGCCCUGGAGAAGGUGGGGGUUGCACGGCGUCUCCCCCUGGAAGAGGCCGGCACCCUGGCGGAGCGGAGGAAGACCCUGCGGGAUUUGCCAAGCGAUGCUCUUCUGCAGGGGGACCCGGGCAGCCUGCCAGAAGAGAUCCCUGCCUUCCAGGAGACCCCACUGAAAGAGGUCCCUAUGACUUUUGAGGAGGUGGAGAUCCCUUUCACGGAGGAUGAGUGGGCUCUGCUGGAUCGGGGCCAAAGGGCCCUUUACCAGGAAGUCAUGCUGGAAAAUUACGAGAUGGUAGCAGCUCUGGAAGGACUUCUGAUUUCUCAGCCUGGACUCUUUGCCUGGUGGGAAGAAGGAGAAGAGCCGUUUACCCCCAAGCUAGAGGCAGGCAGUGACAGAAAGUCAGUGAUAUAUUCCAGAUCUGAUCCUCCUUCAGGUGACGUGGAAAGGGCCACUGUGCUGUCAGAUCAGAAAUGCAUGAUCUUUCAGCUUCCAGUGACCUUUGAGGAGGUGGCCAUACAUUUUACCAAGGAGGAGUGGUCGUCGCUGGAUCCGAACCAAAAGGCUCUGUACAAGGAAGUCCUGCUGGAGAAUUAUGAGAAUGUGGCCUCUCUGGGGGGACCUCCGAUGCCCAAAUUUGAUGUCAGCUGUUGGCUUGAAGAAAAGAAAGAAGAGCUAAUGACCCCGGAAAAUUUGAUAGCUGAGGAUGCAUUUAAUCUUUCGGUCCCUGAGAACUGUUGGAAUAUCUACAUAAUGGAGAAACCCUUUGAGUGCCUGGAGUACGACGAAAGCGUCCCCGGGAGCCCAAGUCUUCCCUUCGAUCGAGAGCAGAAAUCUUUCAAAUGUCUGGAGUGCGGGAAAUGUUUCGUUCAGAAGGCAGGCCUUGCCCGCCACCAAAGGAAACACACUGGGGAGAGACCAUUCAAAUGUCUGGAGUGUGGGAAAAACUUCAGCCAACAUUCACACCUUUCAACCCACAAAAGAAUCCACACAGGGGAGAAACCUUAUAAAUGCCAGAUGUGCGGGAAGAGUUUCCGUAGACAUCAAAACCUGGCGGUUCACCGGAGACGCCACACGGGGGAGAAACCAUAUAAAUGUUUGGAGUGCGGAAAAACCUUUGUCAAGAAAGAUUCCCUUGUCUCCCAUGAGAGAAUCCACACAGGGGAGAAACCGUACACCUGCCUGGAGUGUGGAAAGAGCUUCAGUCAGAGCAGGAAUCUGACCUACCAUCAAAGAGUCCAUACGGAGGAGAAACCCUUUAAAUGCCUGGAGUGCGGGAAGAGCUUCAGUCGACCAGGAAACCUGACUGUCCACCGGAGAUUUCAUACCGGGGAGAAACCCUAUAAAUGCCUGGAGUGCGGAAAGGGCUUCAGUCAGAAUAGAAGCCUCAUCUCCCAUCAAAAAGUCCACACCGGGGGAAAGGCUGUGAAAUGCCUGGAAUGUGGAAGGUGUUUUGGUCACAGCACAAGCCUCAGUUGUCACCAGAACAAAGCCACGAGCCAGAGGUGGGCUACUUCGGGGGUUCCGAGGGACCCUUUCCCCUUUCCACAGACUGUGGAGAGCCCCCUCCAGCAACCCUGCCCCCCUGAUCCCUCAAUGUACUUUUUCACUCCGGAGUCACAGGUCACUUCCCCUAGAAGCCUCAUGCAGUUUGCCCGGUAAACCCAAUUUGCCUCCACGGCCAGAUUUAGAUCCUUACGAGGCCUUUUCCACAAACAGGAUGUGAUUGGAAUGGAGGCCUUAGGGGUUGCGCCCUCCGUCACUGUGCCUGUCCAUCAUAAACUCAAUUGCCCACUGUUGCUUAGCUUAUGUUAUCAUGUUGAGUGCCAGUGGGUCUGUGCCACAUGAUUUCCACUUUAGAAAGAGAGCCUUUAAAUUAGAAGCAGCGAUAAGCGGAUGAUGAAUGUACCAAAAGGACUUUCCACGGAGGUAUUUCUAAAGCAGCUGAAACUGUCUCAUGACACCUGUCGUUAAAACAGUACUCUUCUUGAGAAAUUACAUUAAAAAUUGUGUUAGGCCAUUGUUGAAUGUGAUACUCAAUCAUUUUUCUUAGCUUAAAGGGAAGGAUCCUGCUGGUGAGACUUUUAGUUCACUGUUUUGAGUGACUACUAGUAUCAUUUAUCUGAACCCAUCAACUAGCCAUUGGAAAUGGCUGUAAAAUUAAUUUUUUUUAAAAAAGCUGUUAAAUUAAAGAUGUGCUGUACAUUGUAUCUGUAUUUCUCUUUAACCACUCCGUUGUGGCAGGUUGGCAUUUUUUUUAAAGCUGUUGUUUAUCGAAGGUAGAUUGAUGCUAUUGAUGGUGCUGUUUCUACACAAUGACCUGUGUGUUUUGUCUUCAUUCUAACCAUUACCUAAGGCAGGGUUGGCGAGGUGUAGCCAGUGGGCCACUGCCAGCCCCGUUUCCGCUUGGUCCCCACCGUACCCCAGAAAGUUCUUAUGUCUUUAUUCAGGCAAGUUCCUUGCACCCUCUAAUGUCCAUCAAUGACAAUUUUCUCAUUUAUUUGUCCAUUCCCCCCCUCCCAAAUCCCAUGAGUUGAUUUAGGUGCGGGAGACCCCUUUAAAAAGACCUAGAAGUGAUUUCCAAUCACUUUUCAGAAUUCGUAGACAUUUUGUUCUUCUUUGGUUAGUUUUUGCCCUAAGAAGAUGAUGUGGGGCAGAAUUCAAUCAGGUCUGUACUUUGCCCCUUCCCUCAUCCUAUCUGAAAAUGUUGUGUUUAUGGGAUGGAGAGGGGUUACCUUAAAAAUGAAAAAUGCUUUUGUACGUGUGAAAACCACAGUUCGGGAGCUAGUUUACAUAACAGCACCAAAACAACUAGUUUGGAAACAUCUGUGACUUCCAUGAUUUUUCCCCCUCUCCUUGGGAAGCUUGUAUUAUUUAAAACAGACUUUGUUGUGCAGCGGUCAGAGAUUCACAGUUUAAAAGCCCAUCACGGGCUUUAAAAACAGAGGGAAAGGUGGAGGCAAAGCUGUAGAGAGGGAAGGAUUUAAAAGGAUUUGUUUCCUAAGAAGCCUAGAGAAGCAGUUUUCAAGGACCUUGAUUUUGUAAUGCAGUAGGGAUGUCACAAAAAAGUAAGUUCAGAGAAUUACUGCAAAUCUCCAUUCCUCCAUAUCCACUUCCCUAGAGAUUUCACCUGUUCCAGCUUUAAUGUUCACGUAGCCCUUGUCAUCAUCUCACCUUCUCUUUCUGGUUCGAAUCUCCCAGGGCUGCUCCUUAUGAAGUCAAAACUGCACCACCUCUGUACAAGUAACAUGGCAUUUAGGAGAUAACUUGAUAAUUUGUGGCUU